GUUGAUAACAAUGGGUAUGGCUCUCAUCCUUUCUUCUUGAACCUGGAGACUGGAGGACCAGCAUCAAAUGCAAAUGCUCAUGGUGUCUUCUUGCUCAACAGCAAUGCCGGAGAGGUGGCCACUCAACCUGUUGGUUCUGGCGACAAUGGGGCUGUCACAUACCGGAUGAUUGGAGGAAUUUUGGACUUUUACAUUUUCUUAGGCCCAAGUCCUCUGUCAGUUGUUCAACAAUAUUCUGACGUUAUAGGUCGCCCAUACUUUCCGCCAUUUUGGUCUCUAGGCUACCAUAUUUGCAAGUAUGGAAUUAAUACUGAAGCAGACCUUCAGAAUUUGAUCAACAGAAAUCGCGCAGCACAGAUUCCAUAUGAUGUUCAGUGGGGUGACAUAGACUACAUGACUAGUCACAGAGACUGGACUUAUGACAAGGAUAGAUACGGAAAUUUGCCGAACAUCGUGAAGGACUUGCAUGACAAUAACCAGAGAUACAUCAUCAUGGCUGAUCCUGCUAUUUCAAGUGAGCAGCCGGCUGGAACCUACCCUCCUUACGAUGAUGGUGUUCAGAUGGAUAUCUUUGUGAAGAAUGAUGCAGGCAGUAUUUUGAUUGGCCAGGUCUGGCCAGGAAAAACUGCAUUUCCAGAUUUUUUUCAUCCUAAAGCUGUUGAUUAUUGGUACAAGCAAGCCAAGGAAUUUCAUAAUCAGAUACCAUACGAUGGCCUGUGGAUUGACAUGAAUGAGCCUUCCAACUUUGUGGAUGGAUCCGUCUCUGGAUGUACGAGUAAUGAACUGGACAAUCCUCCUUUUACUCCAGCAACAAUUGAUGGAGGGAAGCUCAUAUAUCAAACAAUCUGCCCUUCGGCUAAGCAUGUGAUCUCAACACACUACAACUUACACAACAUGUACGGCUGGUCUCAGUCUAAUGUCUCCAGAAGAACACUUGAUCUUCUCUAUGGCAACAAGAGAUCUCCAAUCAUUACCCGAUCCUCAUUUGCUGGCACUGGUAAAUUGGUUGGACAUUGGCUGGGCGACAAUUUUUCAACUUUCCCUGAUUUGUAUUAUUCUAUACCAGCUAUCCUCAACUUCAACCUGUUUGGCAUCCCUCAGAUUGGUGCAGACAUCUGUGGAUUCAAUGGAGUCACAACACCUGAACUCUGCACCCGCUGGCACCAGCUUAGUGCCUUUUAUCCAUUCAUGAGAAACCAUGCAGAUAUUAGUUCACCAUAUCAGGAUCCAGGAACUUUCCAGCUCCCAUUCAGAGAUUACAUGAAGACUGCCAUAGAGUUGAGAUACAGACUUCUGGCUGUGCUCUACACUGCCUUCUACAGGGCUCACACUCAAGGCUUGCCUAUUGUCAGGCCUCUCUUUUUCUUGUACCCAGGCACUGAGGCUAUUGACAAACAGUUCAUGUGGAAUGAUCAGCUUCUUGUGUCCCCUGUUUUAGACAAGGGAGCCUCAUCUGUCCAAGCCUUCAUCCCAGAUGAUGUGUACUAUGAUUUCUACACUGGAGCUUUGGUAGCACAACGGGGUCAGACUGUACAGUUGAAUGCUCCCAUUGAUUAUAUCAAUGUCCAUGUUCGUGGGGGAUCCAUUUUACCACUUCUGCCUGUUACCCAACGAACUAAUUUGUCACGGAAGGAAAAAUUCCAGCUGAUUGUUGCUGUAGCAGCAGAUGGCACUGCCAGUGGUGAACUGUUCUGGGAUGAUGGUGAAAGCAUCGACAGCGUUUCUGGAAAUAAAUAUUCUGACAUCACCUUCAGCCUGACAAAUUCUAACCACCUGACUAGUACUGUUGUCAAGGGAGGUUAUAACCCUCCAGAAGGAGUCAGACUUGCCACAGUGAUACUCUAUGGCAUUAACCAUAGCCCUGGGAGUGUCAGUGUCAAUGGGAAAGGUGCCACUUUCAACUAUGAUGCAAGUUUAAAGGUUGUGCAUGUGAACAACCUUGAUGUGGACUUGCUGACUCCGUUGUCUCUAGUACUGAACUGA